AUGUCGCCUCAGUCUGACCCAACAUUCCGUAAAUACGAUUGCCAGCAAGCCCAAAAGUAUGCAGAAUCUCGACUGUCAUAUCCGGUUCAACUUUACAGCACCAUAAUCGACUUUCAUACCCAAUCCAGCGGGAGAAAGCAUAUUAUUGCCGAUGUUGGCUGCGGCCCGGGCAACGCGACGCGCGACUUGGCCAUUCACUUCGAUCAUGCAAUAGGCCUGGAUCCCAGUGUGGAGAUGAUAAAAAUUGCUGGUCAAUUAGGCGGCCGCACAAAGUCUGAGGUACCAUUGAAAUUUGUGGUUUCUACGGCUGAAGACCUUUUCGACAACAGCUCAAGUGCUUUGCCAGCUAUCAAAGAGAAUGGAGGCGUGGACCUGUUGACGGCUGCGAUGGCGGCCCAUUGGUUUGAUAUGACCAAGUUUUGGAAAGAAGCUGCUAGGAUUGUGCGGCCCCAAGGAACAGUUGCUUUAUGGACAUGUGCAUCGCUGUAUUGCCAUCCUUCAACUGUGAAUGCAAAAGAAGUUCAAGAGAUUUUGUUUCACCUUGAGCGCAAUGUUCUGGCGCCAUACUCCCUUUCGUCAAACCAAAUAUCCAACAACCUAUAUGAGACCCUCGUCCAUCCAUGGGAGUUGAGUGAUGAAGAUUUGGCGCACGCAUUUUCCAAAUCCAGUUUUAGGAGGGUCGAAUGGAAUCGUAAUGGCAUUCUGGGUGACGGGGAGGACUUUCUGAAUGCAAGCAAAACCACGCUCAAUGAGUUGGAGAAAAGACUAGGGACGGCUAGCAUGGUCACUCGAUGGAGAGGGGCCCAUCCAGACUUGGUAGGAACUGACCAGGAUUGUGUCGUGAAAGCUAUCAGAGAUAUUCGGACGGUGAUGGGAAAAUCAGGGCACGAGAAUCCGUCCAUAGUCACCGGCAGUGCGGUUGCCCUGUUGCUGUUCAAACGGAGUUAG